AUGGCGGAACUACAACAGGCGAUCCUCAAGAUUACGGAAUUGCUGCAGAAGAUGGCGGCACCGGCGGCAGCACCAGAUAACUCCGAGCAGAUCCUGGAGUCGCUGGCCACCAACAUCAGCGAGUUUUCUUUCGACGAAGAGAACGGUGUCACUUUCGACAAGUGGUUCCGGCGUUACGAGGACAUGUUCAAGGAGGACGCGUCCAAGCUGAAGGAGGAGGCGAAAGUGCGACUUUUGCUCCGGAAGUUGGACACCACCGCACACAGCCGCUAUUGUAACUACAUCCUGCCCAAGCUUCCAAGUGCCGUCAAGUUCGACGACACCGUGGCCACGCUACGGAAAAUUUUCGGCUCCCACACCUCCAUCUUCCACAAACGCUACCAGUGUCUCCAGCUGGCCAAGUCGGAGGCGGAGGAUAUCAUCACCUACGGAGGUAAGGUGAACCGGGCGUGUGAGGACUUUGAGUUCCAAAAGGUGAAGAUUGACCAAUUCAAAUGCCUCAUCUUCAUCUGCGGUCUUAAGUCACCUCGAUACGCCGAUGUUCGGGCAAGACUCCUUUCCCGGAUCGAAGCGGAGACCGCCGAAAACCCUGUGACGCUCCAAACCCUGAUCGACGAGUUUCAGCGCCUCGUCAAUCUCAAGGCGGACACGACGCUGGUCGAGCGGCCAUCAAGCUCAAAACCAGCAGUCCACGCGGUCCAGGAGAAGCGAAGCGGUCCCCAGCAGCAGCGUCCGGCGAAAACCGAAGGCAAGUUACCCCGAACCCCCUGCUGGCAAUGCGGCCAAAUGCACUUUGUCCGGGACUGUCCGUUUUCGGGGCAUUUGUGCAAGGCAUGCAACCGAGUUGGCCACAAGGAAGGCUAUUGCAGCUGCGUUUCCAAGCCUUCCAGCAGCUCUUCCAAGCCGGAUCAUUCCGUGGAGGAGAAGAAAAAGCAGGCGAAGAAGCAGCAGAAAGCCAAGUCGCGAGGAAUUUUCGUCAACCACGUGGCUGCCAAUCGCAGCAGGCGUAAGUACUUGCCGAUCACCAUCAACGGCGUUGCUACGCAACUGCAGCUCGACACAGCCAGCGACAUAACGGUGGUUGCCAAGGCAACGUGGCGCAAGCUAGGACAGCCAUGUUUGCAGCCAUCCUCCAUUCAAGCAAUCAACGCGUCCGGCCAGCCGCUCGGGCUUGUCGGCGAGUUCGUGUGUGACGUCACUCUCAACGGCAGAACGGAGCGCAGCAGAUGCUUCGUGACGUCAUCGCCUGGACUCAACCUUCUGGGAAUCGAGUGGAUCGAGCUCUUUGAGUUGUGGUCCGUGCCGAUCGAUUCCAUUUGCAACGUCGUCGAGGUCAAGUCGGUGGAGGAGCAGCUUCAAGAGCUUCGAGCCAACCACGCGGCCGUUUUCGACGAUUCCCUGGGACACUGCACCAAGACGAAGGUAAAGCUUUAUCUCAAACCUAACGCCAAGCCCGUCUUUUGUCCCAAAAGACCAGUUCCGUUCAACACCAUUUCCCUGGUCGACGACGAGCUCAACCGCCUCCAAUCUCUGGGAAUCAUCACACCUGUUGAAUUCUCGGAGUGGGCCGCUCCGAUCGUCGCUGUGCGCAAGCCGAACGGACGAGUUCGCAUCUGUGCGGAUUUCUCAACUGGUCUGAACGAAGCAUUGGAAGCCAACCACUACCCGCUGCCAACACCGGAGGAAAUUUUUGCGCAGCUGUCUGGCAGUUCCAUCUUCAGCAUCAUCGACCUCUCCGAUGCGUACCUUCAGCUCGAAGUUGAUGACGACUCCAAGAAGCUCCUCACCAUCAAUACGCAUCGAGGUCUGUUCCAGUACAAUCGCCUCACUCCGGGGGUGAAGUCAGCGCCGGGAGCUUACCAAAGCCUCCUGGACGGAAUGAUUGCGGGCAUACCUGGCGUCCGCACCUUCAUGGACGACGUCAUCGUGUUCGGACCAGACCGGAAAUCGCACGCAUCUUCACUCAAGCAGUUGCUCCAACGUCUCAAGGAGUACGGGUUCCACGUCAAGGCCGAGAAAUGCAGUUUCUUCCAGCUGCAAAUUCGGUAUCUGGGACACAUCGUGGACAGUCGAGGCAUCCGCCCCGAUCCCGAGAAGCUGAGGACGAUUGCCGCCAUUCCCGCACCAACCAACGUGUCCGAACUGCGAUCGUUCCUGGGCGCGGUGAACUUCUACGGAAGAUUCGUGCGCAACCUUCACGAGCUACGCCGCCCAAUGGACCAGCUGCUCAAGAAGGACACCAAGUGGCGUUGGACAUCCGAGUGCCAGCAGGCGUUCGAGAAGUUCAAGGAGGUGCUCCAGUCAAGCCUGCUACUAACUCCGAUCAUCGUAGCCGCGGACGCGUCGAGCACCGGCAUCGGGGCCGUCAUACUCCACCAGUUCCCUGAUGGCUCACUCAAGGCAGUUCAACACGCGUCAAGGUCGCUCACACCCGCUGAGCGCAACUACGGACAACCUGAAAAGGAAGCGCUCGCGUUAGUAUAUGCGGUAACGAAGUUCCACAAGUACCUGCUGGGACGACCCUUCACACUGCAAACUGACCACAAGCCGCUCCUGUCCAUCUUCGGCUCGAAGAAGGGAAUUCCACUGCACACCGCGAAUCGCCUCCAACGCUGGGCACUCACGAUGCUGAACUACGAUUUCGAGAUCCAGCAUGUGUCCACGAGCGACUUCGGUUGUGCCGACAUGUUGUCUCGGCUCAUCGACCGUACCAUCCAACCGGAAGAGGAGUACGUCGUGGCAGCACUCACGCUCGAAGAGGACCUGGUAAGCGUCAUCGCAGACACGAUCGACAAAGUGCCGGUCUCUUUCGCAGCUCUCCAAAAAGCCACUGCGACGAACGCCACACUCCAGGCCGUGGUCAAGUACAUCCGCGACGGAUGGCCAAGCAGCGCGGGGUCGGUCACCAACUCCGAGGUUCUUCCCUACUUCCGCCGACGGGAAUCGCUCAGUCUUGUCGACGACCGAGUGGUGGUUCCGAACCAGUUCCGGUCCCAGAUUUUGCGACAGUUCCACCGUGGACAUCCUGGAAUGGUCCGCAUGAAGGCGAUUGCGCGCAGUUUCGUCUACUGGCCCGGACUAGACAACGAAAUAGAGGAUUUCGUUAAGCGAUGCAACCCUUGCUCCAUCGCUGGAAAAGCACCCACCAAAACGUGCUUAGAAUCGUGGCCAACUCCAAGCAAGCCGUGGUCCCGGAUCCACAUCGACUACGCCGGUCCCGUGGAUGGCGUGUACUUCCUGGUGGUGGUCGACCCAUUCACCAAAUGGCCCGAAGUGUACGCAACUCGAACGAUGACAGCGAAGACGACCAUCAAGCUGCUGACCCAGUCAUUCGCUACGUUCGGUAUUCCGGAGGUUAUUGUUUCCGACAACGGAACCCAGUUCACUGGCCACGAGUUCAAGGAGUUCUGCACCAAGCUGGGAAUUCGCCACCUUCGAACCGCUCCGUUCCACCCACAAUCAAACGGAUCGGCGGAACGAUUUGUGGACACGCUGAAGAGGAGCCUUCGCAAAAUUCGCGCGGGGGGAGAAACCCUGGAGGAAGCACUGCAGACGCUUUUGCAAGUGUACCGCUCGACCCCAACCAGCGAUCUCGAUGGCAAGUCUCCGGCGGAAGUGAUGUUCGGCCGGCCAGUCCGGACCAUUUCUGCUCUCCUUCAACCGACCAAGGACAAUUCGCCAAGCACCAGCGCUAGGGCGGAGAAGCAGAACGACGCUUUUAACAAAAAGCACGGCGCGAUCCAACGGAUUUUCAAGCACGGCGAUGCCGUCUUCGCGCAGGUCCAUCGUGCCAACUCCUGGCAGUGGGAGGCUGGUACCGUGAUCGAGAAGAUCGGCAGAGUCAACUACAACAUAUUCCUCGACGACCGCCGACGCUUGAUCCGUUCGCACGCAAACCAGUUGAAGACACGAGUUCCCGAGACCACAGCCUCGCCAGAGCCGACGCCGCUCUCGAUCUUUUUCGACGGUUUUGGAUUGGCCGAUGCGGUAGCAGCACCAGUGCCUGCAACUCCAGUGCCAGUUCCUGUUCCAGUUGACGACAGCGAUCCGGAAUUCUCGGACGACGACUCUGAAGAAUCUGACGAUCAGGAGCAAUCCGGUUCAUCCGAAGCAGAGUUCGAGGACGCAGCUGUAGAACCACCGGCACCUGCCGCUCUCCCGGCGGAACGAGCUUCUGGAGGACAAGGACAUCCGGUACCUGAAGCACCUCAAGGCGCGCCAGCUGGUGGAGGACGAGGACAACGCGCAAUCAAGCUUCCAGGAAGAUUUUCCAACUUCUGGAUGAAAUAA